AUGUUAUUAAAAGCUCAGGUCUUGUUGUGGUUAUUGGUUGCUACCGCAUGGGGUAGAGAUUUCCAAGGUGGUAACACUAUUGAUUGGGGUACUCAAAAUGUUGGUCAGGGUGAUGUCCACAUUCAUUCUGGAGCACUUUGGUCUAUCAUCAACAAUGCUGCUUCAGAUUUCCAUGGAAAUAUUCAAGUUGAUUCAAAUGCUGGUCUUUAUGUUUCCAGUGUUACAUCAAAUGUUGCUUUGUCUGCUACUUUGUAUGACACCAUUUAUGAAUUUGUCAACAAUGGUGUUGUCUCAUUCAAUGCAAUUAAGGGUGCUCCAGGUUACGCAUUCAAUAUCAUUGGUAACAAGUUUGAAAACAAUGGUGACUUGUUUUACUCUGCAUCGGGUGAAGGGUCUGUUGUUAGUACUAUCAAAACACCCGAUUUCCACAACACCGGCUCACUUAAUUUCUAUCAGCUGAUGAAGAGUGACAGUUAUGUUUUGUUAGGUGCUGAUGCAAAAACAUUCAUAAACAAUGGUCAAAUAUGUUUUACUAAUCAAGACUGGCAUCAACUUGCUGGUGUCUUGGGAGCCGGUUGUUUCACCGCUCAAGGUCAAUCAUCGUUCUAUUUGCAAAACACAGCUUUGCAAAUCUCAGAAGACCAAAUUUUUUACUUGAUUGGUGGUGAAACUUCAAUCAUGGCUGUUGGAUCAAUUGAUAAUCCUCAAACUUUCCACGUGAGAGGUUUCGGAACCACUGCUGGUGAAGCAAACAAGAUUGGUUUAACUGCUACUUUGUCAUCAUCAGUUCCCGGAAGAGCUCCAUUUGCCUACAAUGCUAGAGAUGGUAUCUUGACCUUGUACGUGGGGUUGUACACGCAAAACUUUGAAAUUGGUACAGGUUAUGACCCAACCAAAUUUCAAAUUGUUAGUGACACCAGUAGAGAGAUCCCCCAAAUCUACUUGGGUGCAGUGCAAUACAAUGGCCCACCACCAAAUUCUGGAAUCCCACCAGAGUGUAAACCAUGUAAAUCAGUUCCAGGUAUUCCAGGUAUUGACAAGCCACCAGCGACGUCUUAUUCAGUCAGUACUACUGCAACUUCAUCAACGAUUCCCAUGCCAUCAGCAACUGUUCCAUCAAUGAGCACGCCAUCAUCCGCUUCAAAGGCAACUGAUGGUGCAUCAACCCAUGGACUCAUCAAGACGGUUACCGUAUUUGAAACUGAUGUUGUUGAAGUUACCUCAACUUUCACCCUUACUAGCACUGUGACAGAUUGA